GUUGUCCGUUGUAUGACUGGUAAUCCGGAUUUUGUAAAACAUACUUUAUUUUAAAGUUUCAAGAAUAUAGCAACAUAACGUGGGGAAAUAAUGAUAAAAUAAAUUUGUUAUUAAUUAAAAUAAAUAAAAGCGGAAAGAACCGAAGAAUUAAAUCACAAACAGUAUAAAUGCGAAAUAUGUGUCGUUUAAAGAUGCUACCGAACUUAACAAAUGAUCAACAUCGAGUGAACGAUGAUACUAUAGUUUCAAUUCCAAGCCGGGAUUUAUAUUUUUAUUAAGUUUAUAGCCCGUUGUUAUAAGAGAUAUUAAAUAUCUAAAAAAAAUAAUGCAGCUUUCUUAUCGCUGGAAUCUUAUUAUUAGAAACAUAUGACUUGUUAACAUUUUAAAAAUAUAACCAAAAUUUGAUAGUUCUUUUCGUACGUAAGUGCUUUAUCAACAUAUGUAUUCAUAGUCCAUCGAAAUAUAAUAUUUUUAAUACUUGUGACGUUAAAAAUUAAUAAUUAUGCACGAUAAAUUGACAGUAAUUAAUUUUUGUAUAUAUAUAAAUGAAUAAUACCUUCAAGGUAGGAAUCAUGUCAGAAAAAUCAGUUUCUCCAGAUUUAGUUAUACAAAAUCAGCCUAAAAAAGUUAAAAAAUUUCGCAAGGUUAGUAAAAAGAAAAAUAAAAAAAUAUCUAAGAGGGAAACUUCUAACGAACAACCAAUGCUUGAUGAUAAGAAGGGAAAGGAAGAGGAAAAUAAAGAAGAAAUCAAAGCUCAGAAAGCUAAAGUCCCAAAAGAAAAAGAUACAUUCCCACAACAUAUUCCUGAAAAAGAAAUUGACGAACUUUUAAGAAAUGAAAAUUCCAGUGAAACACAAUAUGUAGAAGGGCAGUUACGUGUCAAUCCUUGGUGUCGUGAAUAUGCUUAUUUAUCUUUCUCUGAUGAUCAAUGCGAUCUACUAAUCACUGGCUUAAGGGAUAGAAAUCGAGCUUUUGAUGGUGAUUUUGUUGUAGCACGUAUAAAUCAGCCAGAAAAAUGGAAAACACAUCAAGGGUACGAGCAAAAAACAGGUGUUGUUGUUUACAUACGAGAGAAAAUACAUCCAAGAAGAACAGUUGGAUACUUCAAACAAAAUGGUGAAUUUUUUUAUCCCAGAGAUCGUCGUGUACCAUUAGUUAAGAUAAGUAAGAAAUCCUUGCAACAGUUUGAUGUGUGUCAAAAUUAUAAAGACAUAUUAUAUUUGGUUGUUAUAACUGACUGGAUAAAGCCAAAGUUUGCAUUUGGGCACAUUGAAAAAAUAAUUGGAAGUAUUGGCGAUAUAAAAGCAGAAUCAAAUGCAAUAUUACUUGAAUAUGAUUUAGAUGUUACACCUUAUAGUCUAGAUGUAACGAAGGAGCUUCCAAGUAGUGAUUAUUCUUUAACAGAGAAUGAUAUUAAAGACAGAGAGGACUGGAAAGAUGAAUGCAUAUUUACUAUCGAUCCUGAUACUGCUGUUGACUUAGAUGACUCAGUCUCUUGCAAACCUUUGGAAAAUGGAAAUUAUGAAAUUGGUGUACAUAUAUCAGAUGUUACUCAUUAUGUGGAAUUCUUAUCUCCAUUGGAUAUUCAGGUUUCAAAACGAGCUACAACUAUAUAUAUGGCAGAUAACGUAUAUCACAUGUUACCAAAAGAAUUAUGUCAAAUAUGUUCUUUGUCACCUGGUCAGGAUAAAUUGGCUUUUUCUGUUAUUUGGGAAAUGACGCAAGAUGCAAAAGUUGUUAAACAUCGUUUUGCCAAAACUGUAAUAAGAUCAUGCUGUCAAAUGUCUUAUCAGCACGUUCAGAAAAUGAUUGAAAAUCCAGAAUAUAAUUGGCCAGAUAACUCUAUAUAUAUAGAUGGAAAUUACAAGCUUAAUGAUUUGUCAAUAAAAGUAAACAUUUUACACAAUUUAGCUAUUCAAAUGCGUAAGAGAAGAUUUCAAAAUGGUGCGCUACAAAUAGAUCAACCAAAAUUAUAUGUCAGGAUUGAUAGAAUUACGGGUUUACCAAUAUCGUACAAUAUAGAAGAACAGCAAGAUAGUAACAGACUUAUAGAAGAGUUUAUGUUGUUAGCUAAUAUGACAGUUGCUACACACUUAUACAAUGUAAUUCCGGAGACUGCUUUAUUACGCAACCAUAGAGAGCCUUCAAAACAUAUUCUCAGUACAACGCAAGAUAUGCUGCAAAAAUUUGGCAUUCAUUUAGACAUUAAAUCGUCUACAUCUUUGCAUGCUAGUAUUAAACGUUGUGAAGAAGGAUUAGAAGUUGAAGAAGAUGAAGGAUUAGAAACUGAAGAAGAUGAAGGAUUAGAAGCUGAAGAAGAUGAAGGAAGAGUAAUAAUGAAAUAUAGGAUGAUGGUUAUCAACAAUCUUUGUUCCAGAGCAAUGACUCGAGCAACCUACAUAUGUUCGUCUAUGAAAGCAGAGGAGGAAUUGAGACAUUAUGCCUUAAACAUAUCGCUUUAUACGCAUUUUACGUCCCCAAUUAGAAGAUAUUCCGAUUGUGUUGUACACCGUUUACUUUAUUCAACUUUAAGAAAUGUAGACAUGCCUAAAGAAUGGACUAAAACACUUUGCAAAUCAAUAGCGGCAAAUUGUAAUAUAAAGAAAUAUAGUGCGAAACUAGCACAAGAGCGAAGUAACGAAUUGUACUUCACGUAUUUGAUAGAUUUAAAGGGUCCUAUUGUUACAUUGGGUAUCGUGUUGAGUGUACAUGAAACUUUUAUAACUAUUAUAUUGUGUCAACUUGGUAUAAAAUUAAGGGUUUCCUUCACACACUUAGAAGAUUUGGCACUCGUCGAAUAUUCUUCGGAAUGUUCCAUUCCAACGAUAAACAUCUCUUGGAAACAAUCUGCUAUUACUCAGAUAAUAAAUAUUUUUACUUUAUUGCAUUUGAGAAUCGAAAAGCAUCCUGAAUCUUUUCGAUUAAUUGGUACGCUUUUGCCACCGAAGCAGGAAAUAGAAAUAUAAUGGUAUUUUACUGUAAAUUAAAUUUGAAAACGAUCAUUAUAGAAAUAUUUAUAUAUAUUACAUAUUUAUAUACAUGUACAUUAUUUUAUUAUACAUUUUUAAUAUGAUCGUGAAAUGUUAAUUUCAUGAUAAAAAUUUCUUUAUCUAAGAGAUGUAUUUUUAAGGAAUUGAUAGAAAAAAUAAAUCGGACAUUUCACAAGAACAUUAUUUAUUUCAAUUAUAUAUUAAUGUACAUUGUGGUAACAUUUUUACAUACUUGUAAUCGUACAGUUACAUUAAUCGCUGAGCGAUUAUUACAUAUAUAAAUAAAUAGCCCUUAUUUAUAUUUA